UCUGCUCAGUUCUCACGCGAGUUGCGAUGAAUAUAAAAUUUCUACUUCCUCUUCAUUUGUUAUUGCAUACAUCUCUAAAAGUUUCUCUCUUAAUUGAUUAGUUUCUCAACACUAUACAAGUAAUUUGAUCAAAAUGUCAUCAAAACGAAUGAUAGAGGCCUCUACUACAGUUACUUCAAAGGAGUGCAUUUACACAUGGACGAUCAAAAACUAUCGCUUAAUACAAUUAAAUGUUGGAGAGGCAAUAAAAUCCCCAAAAUUCGGCGUUGAAAGUGACAAUGAUAAAUGCUUCGAAUUGCACUUAUAUCCUCAAGGCAUAUACGAAAAAACUUCUGAAUUCAUUGGCUUAGCUGUUCUUUUCACACCUGAUGCAACAAAAAAACCGGAUAAGCUCUUAUGUAGAUGCACACUAUCAGCUAUUAAUGAUAAAAGAGUGGUUAGAAAAGGAACGUAUAACCUAGAUUUUGCAACCAAACCAUACUCUGGUUCCGAAAAAUUUUUUAGUUUGAAAAGUCUUAAUAAUCUGAUUUCUUCUCAAAAUACUGUAACUAUUCGAUGUGAAAUAGAAAUUUUCAAGAGGUUUGAAUCUUCAUUGGAUUCUGAAAUCAUCGACGACAAAGAUGACAAAAUUAACAACGUGAAAUUGGAUUCAUUGUUCCUUAGUACAGAAUUUAGCGAUGUUGAAUUGAUAACUUCCGAUGAAAAUCAUAUCCCAGCUCAUAGAGCUAUACUCGCUGUUUCUAGUCCAGUAUUUAAAGCUAUGUUUACUCAUGACAUGUUGGAGAAAAAAUGUAAUUAUGUUACAAUAACUGAUAUACCUUAUAAUAUUCUGGUUGAAAUGUUGAGAUACAUUUACACAGGUGAUAUUGUAAGUACCAAAACAAAUGUAGUUCUAGAAAUUUUAGCAGUGGCCGAUAAGUAUCAAAUUGAAAAUUUGAAAAUCAAAUGUGGAAAAAUGUUAAAUGCGAAUUUGUCCCCUGAAAAUGCUAUUCAAAUUUUAUUAGCUGCUCAAAAAUACAAUGCAGAGCAUUUAGAAAGUAAAGUGCAAAAUUUUCUAAAACUCAAUUCUAAAUCAACUAUUGAUCCAAAGAAUUUAAAUAAGAUGACGAAGCCUGUAUUGGUAAAGCUUUUACAAUCUUUCAUGGAAGGAUAGAAAAGUGUUUCAAAAUUGUUUCUAUUCUUUAAUAAUAAUAAUACUUUUUUUAUUAUGUAUCGUUUGGAUAGUUUUGUUAAAUUAAGCUCAUGUUAGUUGAAAUAUGUUGUGAUGUAACAUCACAGGUUUGCAUGA